GUCAGUGAUUAUUAUUUUUAUAUUUUCUACCAUUUUCACCUAAAUAAUUGCGGGAAAUAACAACGGGAGACAUUUAGUGUAGAGUUAAUCGGAUCCUCGUGGACUGAAAUGAAAGGUAAAGAACGUUCACCGAUUAAAAAGCGGUCUCGGGCCUUGGACGAUAUCCGAGACAGGGGAGGAUGCCAUCCGACCAGCAAGAAAAUGGGGGCUCUCUCGCUCUCCAGCGGUAGCAAUAAUGGAAACGGCUCCGUCAAGGGCGACGGCACUUCUACGAGGAGGAGUCUGCUCGGUGAAAAGAGAGACAGGGAUUUCGACGGACACAGCCGCACUGGAAAUAACCACAGCUACCAGGCCGCCGCUGCCGCUGCUAGCUCCGUCGGUAAAAACCACAGCCUGAGCCUGACGCUUGACUUAGCCGCGCCGAGGGCUAACUCGAGGGCUCAGCCGCCCAGCGCCGAAAGCGAGUAUAAAACCCUUAAGAUCAGCGAACUCGGCACCCAGCUGAGCGACGAAGACAUAGAGGAUGGACUUUUUCACGAAUUUAAAAAAUUCGGAGACGUUAGUGUAAAAAUCAGUCGCAGCAACGAUGAGCGGAUAGCGUUUGUAAACUUUAGAAAGCCGGAGGACGCCAGAGCUGCCAAACACGCCAGGGGGAGGUUAGUGCUGUAUGACCGGCCGCUCAAAAUAGAGGCAGUCUAUAUCAACAGGAGGAGAAGUCGCUCUCCUGUCGAGAGGGAUCCGUACGGCGCAGCGCAAGGCCAUAGACAUUUGCAUACUCAAAGACCCCUGUCUCCCACUGGGCUUGGUUAUAGAGACUACAGGCUGCAGCAGCUAGCCCUAGGGCGACUUCCUCCACCGCCACCCCCUCCUUUGCCCAGGGACCUUGAGCGAGAGAGGGAGUUUGCCCUGUUCGAGGCCAGGGCACGGCCAGCUUUCAUUGCAGAGCGAGCAGCUUUUCGUGAGGAGGAUUUUAUAUCGCCAGAAGAUGACCAAAGAGCCAACAGGACGUUGUUUUUGGGCAACCUAGACAUAACUGUUACAGAGACAGACCUGAGGAGAGCCUUUGACCGGUUUGGGGUAAUUACAGAAGUGGACAUUAAGAGACCUACACGAGGACAAACCAGCACGUAUGGAUUUCUUAAAUUUGAGAAUCUUGACAUGGCCCAUCGUGCCAAACUUAGUAUGUCUGGCAAAAUAGUGGGCCGCAACCCCAUUAAGAUUGGCUAUGGUAAAGCCACUCCCACCACGCGUUUGUGGGUGGGUGGACUAGGCCCAUGGGUCCCUUUAGCUGCACUGGCAAGAGAGUUUGACCGUUUUGGCACCAUAAGGACAAUUGACUACCGAAAGGGAGACACCUGGGCUUAUAUUCAGUAUGAGAGCCUGGAUGCUGCACAGGCAGCAUGCACACACAUGCGUGGCUUCCCCCUAGGAGGUCCUGAGAGGAGGCUCAGAGUGGACUUUGCAGACAAUGAACACCGAUACCAGCAGCAAUUCCUGCAGCCUCUCCCACUGCCGCCAUUUGACAUGGUGGCAGAGUCAUUUGUCCACCGGGCAACACCUGAACCUCUGAGGGUCAGGGAAAGGACUCCACCGCCCCUUCACUUCAGAGAGAGAGAGCUUUUUCCUGGAGCGGAGUGGCCCAGCCCUGCCCUUCGUGACCGGGUUCGUGCCUCCCCCUUUGAGCCUCUGGAGCACUUGGAAAGGGAGCGGCGGCCCCGGGAGCCUUGGUCUCUGGAGCGAGAACUGCCAGGACGGGACCCUGCGCGCAAGAGGCGUGUACUGGAGGACGGGCGCCAUCUAGACUGCUCCCCUGAUAGCACAGAGAGGACAGUCAGGCGCAGACGUGCCUCCCCGGAUGGCAGCCCUGGUGGGAGCAGCAAAGAUGGUGGGCGCUUCAGUGAUUCAGAACGCCCCCUGCGGGGGGACAGGCCCUCCCCAGUACGUGAACGACAUGGCAGCCUGGAGCGAGUAGGAGGUGAACGGAGGCUUAAAGGCCAGAGCCUCUCUGACAGGGGGCUAUCAGCCAGUGGGGUGUCUGCAGCAGGAGAACGCAAACGCAAGGCAGGGGACACCAACAAAGGCCCCACCAAGAGAGAGCGUUCUGAAAGCACUCCUAAGGGGGCUCAGUCAAAGGUAGACAGCGGCAAAUUAGGCCUGGCCUGGCACGGUAUGUUGUUACUGAAGAACAGCAACUUCCCAGCCAACAUGCACCUGCUGGAGGGAGACCACUGCGUGGCUAGUGACCUACUCAUCGACGGCCAAACGGGAAGGCAGGUGAGCGAGCUGAAGAUCACCCAACGCCUCCGCCUGGACCAGCCCAAGCUCGACGAGGUCUCCCGGCGCAUCAAGGUGGCGGGCCCUAGUGGCUAUGCCAUCCUGCUGGCUGUCCCUGGGAGCACAGAGGAGGCAUCAUCAUCCGACCCGGCAGCCUCUACUCAGCGGCCGCUUCGUAACCUGGUGUCCUACCUUAAGCAAAAGCAAGCAGCCGGGGUCAUCAGCCUGCCAGUUGGCGGGAGCAGGGAUAAAGACAACACAGGGGUUCUUCAUGCUUUCCCUCCCUGUGAUUUCUCCCAGCAGUUCCUUGAUUCCUCUGCCAAAGCAUUGGCUAAAACUGAGGAGGACUAUCUGGUCAUGAUUGUAGUUCGUGGAGCAUCUUAAAAAGAAGAAAAGAAAAAUCUCAAACACGCCAUUUUAAUGGCGUUUAAAAAAAAUCUGCUCUAUGUCAGUAACUAUUGCAUGCUGUGUGUUCUGCAUUAUGGGGUACACUAGUAUGGUUCUCUGAGUGUAUGUGUGUUUCCAUGUAUUCCACUAAAGGAAAGGCCCUCGCACAGAAAAAAAAACCCAACUUAGCAACCUUAUUUGUCUUGAAAAGAGUGUUUUAACUGCUCACCUUGUCACUUAUACACAUGCAGUAACUCACUCUCUAUAUUAAGCAUUUAACAAGGAAUAUUUUAUGAGUUUUAGACAAAUUAUCCUUUGAAAUGAUUCAGAAGGUACCGUUUUGUUGUAUUUUUUUUUACUUCUCUGUCAUUGUAAUUAUUGAAAAAAAAUACUUCAAAGUUGGACAAUUUGGUCUUGUAAAAAACAAGAAACCGUGCUCUAUACAAUCAGCCGUCUGUAAGAAGUAUGUUCUAAGGGGGAAAAAAGUCCCCUCGUAAAGGCUUCGAAUUGCAGAGCAAUAAUAUUUCUGUUAUUGUCACAUUUUAGAUGGUUACAGUGGCUAGGUCACAUCUUUGAAAUUUGGGUUUCAAAAUGUGAUUGGUUAGAUUUGUCAAUGAUUUGGUAUUUCAGUUACAGAGUUUCCUUUGGAGAAAGGAACCCGCUAACAAUUGGAAGUUUACUGUGUUGAAAAUUUUGUAGGGGCAGUUCACAUAAAUUUCAAUCGCCAAUGUUCUGUGUUCUGUUAAAUGAACUGUUGAUAUAAAUUCAGCGCUUGGGUUUGGAUUUAAGUGUAGCCCGCUGAGUAUUGGAACACUGAAAUGAGAAAUGUUCAACCCAGUAUUGGUUUCAAUGGGGUAGGAAAAUUGUUGUCUUCUUUAUGCGGAAUGCUACAUACUGAUAGAUAUGGCAUAAUUGCCCAGGGAACAGACCAUAACACUAUACAUAUAGCAUAGUAAAACAAUACUAACAUGCUUUCAUGUUUUUUUCAAUUGUUAUUUUUACUGUGUAUCUUAUUUUGUGCAUCCCCACCCUUGCAAUGGCUGUGUAUUGUGAUCUAUAAAAAAUUGCAUUAGUAAUGGAUAAAAGGCUUAGACUAAGAGUUUUGUGUUGAUAUUUGCCAGUCUGUUUCUUUCUCACUUUGAAACCAGUAGGUCUACUGAGAAUCUGCCUCAAUAUCUCCAUACUAGUAAAAUGUUUGUACUAAGUUAUGAAUAUUUGCUGUCUGUUUAGAUAGGUAGGGCUGAUGAUUUUGACAGUUAAAAUUUUAAUUUAAAACUCCAGAUGUCUAAACUGGGCAAUACAUUUCUCAUGCUUUCCCAUAUACUGAAAGCCUGCUUACAGUAUUUUAUUGUUGCCAUUGUAUGUCCUGUCAUCAGAUAGUAUCUCACACUGAAACACAGUGAAAUAAUGCAUUGGGUUUAAAAUGUAUUUUAAAAAAAAAUCGGUAUGGAAAAUGGUUGCAUGUGUGACCAGUCUUAACCCACUCAACUUUGGACCCCAGAGGAGACUAAGGUGCAGGGCUGAAAACCUCCACAGGGAAGGAAAUCUAGCAUUUGUGAGUCUUCACUGAUGAGGCAGCUGUUAAGUUGUGUAGCCUAUCAACGCCUCUGAUGACCUCUGUUUUAAGUGGAAAAUUGAGAAAUGUACAUACAUUUGAUGUCAUGGGAAAGGAAAAUCCCCACAGCCCGUGCAAAGCUGUUCACGUUCCUGCAAGUGCAUUUGUGCACUUGUGUGACCCAAUAUCAAUAAAUUGUUUCAUUUGA